AUUGCUGACAGAACUGGAAUCCCCUUCCUGGUGGCCCUUCAGCUCCAAGCUUUGGAAGACACCAAUAGAAGCAAAGCCUAGAGAAGGUGCCUCUGUAGCUGGCUGUGAGCCUUUUGGAAAGGAAGGGAUUGUGAUCAAAAUUCCUGCUGUUAUUUCUCAAAGAACAGAGUCUCACACAAAGCCAGGAAGGCUUACCAUCCUGGUUUCUGGCUUGGAAAUCCAUGACUCCAAUUCAUUGCUCCUGCACAGGUUUGAGAGGGAAGAUGUAGAUGAUAUUAAGGUUCACUCACCUUAUGAAGUCAGCAUACGCCAGCGGUUCAUCGGGAAACCAGACGUGGCUUAUCGGGUGAUAUCUGCCAAGAUGCCAGAGGUCAUUCCCAUUUUAGAAGUGCAGUUCAGCAAGAAGAUUGAGCUGCUGGAAGAUGCCUUAGUGCUCAGAAGCACAGGCACAUCUUCCCCUGCAGAGAGGAGCUGCUCUGUCUGGCAUGCAGCAUCCGGGCUGAUGGGCUGUGCUGAGCACCAUGAGCAGCCCACAGAAGGCUGGGAGGGCAGGCCACUGCAGCUGCAGAGGAGCCAGAUGUUCCUUUCCGAAGGGGAAGCCCAGGAGCUGACGCAGAUCCUGAGCAAGCUGAAGGGACUGGCACUGGAUGCCGAGACAGAAUUGGAGCGGCAGGAUGAGGCCUUGGAUGGCAUCACUGCAGCUGUGGACCGGGCAACCCUGACCAUGGACAAGCAUAACCGGCGCAUGAGAAAACUGACCUGAGAGGACAUGGACCACAGAGCUGCCGCUUCUGGCCUGGCUUCUCUAGUGCUACUGUUCUUGGCCCCAUAUGCCCUUCUCAGUGGGGCCUGAGAAGCUGACCUGGGAGCUGUGCCUCCCAGAGGCCUUUACCAUGGGCCAAGCACCCUCUGGGCGAGGGUGGCACCAUAGUAUGACCGUCCUUCUUAUCCAUAUCUGAGACACCAGUUCAGGGCUGCUGUUGCAUGGCUGUAGCCCAAGCUGCUGUCCAACAUGAAUGUCAUUGCAUUUUUGCCUUUUCUCCAUUUUGUCUAAGCAUUAAGGAAACAUGUCAAUCCUUGUAAAGGGCAUGUGAGUGCUAUGUCAGUGACACAUAAGCCUCUCCCACUGGGGGCAGCAUGUGCAGACCCCACCACUUGCAUCUUGCUGGUCUUUCUCUGGUGAACAUCUGUUUUCUCCUGUGUGUUGUGACUGUCUAGCUGAAACUGAGUCCAGCUCAUGUCCAGGGCAUCCUGCAAACACCUCCCAGCUUUUCCCCAAAAGCAAACACUGUGGAACCACAACAUUAACAGAGUCAACUUCUGCUCUUGUUAUCCAGAAAUAAAAGGAAUAUCACCUCACUCACGUGGAAGGUAGAAAAGCUGAUUUCAUAGAAGUUAGAGAAUGGAAUGGUGGUUACCAGAGGUGGUAACAUAAGGA